AUGACUUUUUUAUUACUCAAGGCUCAGUACACAUGUCUGCAUGAAAACCUAUUCCACUACCUGUGCGAAGAAAAUGGGGGAGCUGUGACACUACCAGCUGCUCGCGGAGAUGACGCAUGGAAAAUCUACUUCAAUGAAAAUCCAGAGGAAAUCGUAGAUGAAUUUGCUAUGAGAUAUGGCAUUGAAUCUAUCUAUCAAGCGAUGACGCAUUUCCACUGUCUGUCUACGAAGUACUUAUGCGCGGGAGUGCCGGCGGUUAUGUCAACACUGUUAGCUAACAUCAACGCAUACUACGCUCAUACAACUGCUUCAUCUGCUGUUUCAGCGUCUGAUAGAUUCGCCGCUUCAAACUUUGGGAAAGAAAAGUUCGUGAAACUCCUUGACCAACUACACAAUUCGCUACGGAUCGACCUUUCUAUGUACAGAAAUAAUUUUCCUGCUUCAAGUGCGGAAAAACUUAUGGAUCUCAAAUCAACUGUGGAUCUCUUGACCAGCAUUACAUUCUUUAGGAUGAAGGUACAAGAACUUAGCAGUCCACCGAGAGCAAGUACAGUCGUGAAGGACUGUGUGAAGGCGUGUUUGAGGUCAACCUAUCAAUUUCUUUUUGAAAAUUGCUACGAAUUAUUCAAUAGAGAAUUUCAAGUUGAUCCAAACGAAGCGAAAAGGGAUCCCUCCGAUCAUGGACCACAGUUGGACUCUGUAGACUUCUGGCACAAGCUCAUUGGACUUAUAAUAUCUGUGAUAGAAGAGGAUAGAAAUAGUUACGCGCCUGUCUUAAAUCAAUUUCCGCAAGAACUUAAUAUUGGUCAACUAUCAGCAGCUACAAUGUGGUCUCUAUUCGCUGUGGAUAUGAAGUAUGCUCUAGAAGAACAUGAACAGCAUCGGCUAUGCAAGUCUUCCGCCUACAUGAACUUACAUUUCAAAGUGAAAUGGCUCUACACAGAAUAUGUUAAAGAUGUUCCGCCAUAUUGUGGAGCUGUGCCAGAAUACCCUGCUUGGUUCGAGCCGUUUGUCAUGCAAUGGCUGAACGAGAAUGACGAUGUCUCUCUUGAGUAUUUGACUGGAGCAUUCAAUAGGGAUAAGAGAGAUGGGUUCCAAAAAUCAAGCGAGCACGCACUCUUCAGUAAUUCAGUCGUUGACGUCUUUACUCAACUCACGCAAUGCUUUGACGUGGUUUCCAAGCUAGAGUGUCCAGACCCUGAAAUAUGGAAGAGGUAUAUGAAGAGAUUUGCGAAAACCAUCGUAAAGGUGCUAGUCGCCUAUGCUGAUAUCGUGAAGAAAGAAUUCCCAGAACAUUUGAAAGAAGAGAGAGUGGCGUGUAUCCUAAUGAAUAACAUACAACAACUUCGUGUUCAACUGGAGAAAAUGUUCGAAGCAAUGGGUGGGAACAAGCUGGAACGAGAUGCAGCAGACAUCCUCAACGAUUUGCAACAAAGCUUGAAUAGUACACUGGAUGAACUGGCUUCUAUGUUUGCUAUCAGCCUUGAGAUGCGAAUAACGGCGAGUGUGAAAGAAUUGGGUGAAUUACUUCAGAAAGUCGGCGGAGGUGCGGCUCCUGGACAGCCGCAGCCGCCAGCUCAUCAUGAGGCUGAUGAAGUGCUUAGACCUCUUAUGGACAUUUUGGAUGGUUCACUGACGAUGUAUGCGGAAUCUUGUGAGAAGACUGUACUAAAACGCUUGCUAAAGGAGCUAUGGAAGAUCGUCAUGAAGAUUCUUGAGAAGACGGUCGUUCUUCCGCCCAUGACGGACAAAACGAUGAUGCUGAAGAAUUUGACGAACAACGCAAAGAACUUGGCAGCCAACGCAAAGAUCGAAGAUAUGACGCAGUUGUUCAAGAGUACAGUUGGCAAACAGGAUGUUAAACAUGCCUUGUCCGGCGUCAUGGAUAUAUCCAAAGAGCACUUGUCAGCUGAGAAAAGCUUAACACCAAAGCAGUGUGCGGUUCUGGAUGCGGCGUUGGAUACAAUAAAGCAAUACUUCCACGCUGGAGGGAAUGGUCUAAAGAAAACGUUCCUGGAGAAAAGUCCAGAAUUACAAUCGUUGAGAUAUGCUUUAAGUCUGUACACGCAAACUACAGAUACACUUAUCAGAACGUUCGUUACGAGUCAGCAAAAUCAAGAUGCCGCUGUGGCAGAAGAGGGUAGUGUGGGUGAAAUUUCCCUUCAAGUGGAUCUCUUCACGCAUCCAGCAACUGGUGAACAUAAGAUCACUGUUAAGGUUGUGGCGGCAAAUGACUUGAAGUGGGUGAUAGCAAGUGGCAUGUUCCGUCCGUUCAUAGAGGUCAAUCUGAUUGGUCCUCAUCUCGCCGAUAAGAAGCGAAAAUUCGCUACCAAAUCGAAAAGUAACAAUUGGAGUCCAAAAUUCAAUGAAACUUUUCACUUUAUGGUGAGCGCAACAGAACAAUUGGAGCUUUUUGAACUACAUGUAUGUGUACGGGAUUACUGCUUUGCGCGGGAGGAUAGAUUGGUCGGUGUGGCCGUCAUGCGUCUAGCUGAUAUUGAAGAACAGGGCUCAUGCGCGUGUUGGCUGCCUCUCGGCACCCGAGUCAAAAUGGAUGAGACCGGAUGGACGAUACUUAGAAUUCUCUCACAGAGACACAGCGACGAAGUUGCUCGCGAAUUCGUAAAGCUCAAAUCUGAAAUGCGAGCUGAAGCACCAACAGGAACUCCAGGGCCCACGUGA